CGAGGUUGCUGCUGACUACACAGUACACGAAGGGUGACAGUAUCGCAGAACCAGCAGAUGCAUUCAAAACCAGCGUGAAUCUUGUCGCUCGUGUGGCCAACAGCAGAAUUUUACGUCUUUUUCAUACCUGCUCCUGAUGAACGAUUGCCACCUUGAAAAAGCCAUAAUAGUUUCCACUAAGGUUAGCCCACAAGAUACACACUACAAUGCAAGACUCAAGUCUUCUGUAGCAUCUGCUUCCCCAUCAACAUCACUUUGUUCACAACAGUCUAAAUGCAGUAACUAUAGCUAUGCCACAAGUUUUUACAAAAGUGUUAUAAGUAUCAGUAUUUUAUACAAUGACUCAAGAGGUCUGCAUGGUUCUUCUGAAUUACACGGUUCUGUAAAGAAGUUUGGUGAAAAUAUGUGGCUUGAGUAUUUAAAUACUGCCAUUGAGUGGCAGAUUGAAGGAUUUGUUGAGAAGUACAAGAAAAUGAAAGACAGGACAGCUCUUUUGAAAGGCAGUUUACUUAAGUUUCCAAUUGCUGUGACAACCAUCUGGGGACAUUGCUUAGCUGCAGCUUUGUAUUCUGCAUUUGCUCUCGCAUUGACAGAAGAUCGCACUGUUGCUGAAAACCAGUUCUGUGGAAAGUUGUCCUGUAAUGUUGUGGAAACUGAGACCCCUGUCUAUGAGAAGCUGAAGAACUGGAACGAAAAGAAAUAUCAAGCUGAAACUUUGUACAUGUUCAUCCAAGACAUCGUUGAACCUACUCCAAAAAAGCCAUUGGAUUCAGAAAUGGUCAAGUGA